AAAGCAUGAAGAUUGAGGUCCAAGACAUGGAGCGCGUAGUCGCAGACAAGGAAAAGCGCAUGCGCCGCCUCAAAGAAAUCUGGACCGCUAAAUCCUCCGAGUUCCGUGAGGCCGUCGCCUCCUUACUGGGAUUCAAACUAGACUUUCUCCCGAAUGGCCGAGUCCGUGUUACAUCUAUGUUCCACCUCUCCUCCGCCUACAGACACGGCGACAGCAAUGCCGACCCAGAUGCCCGAGGGCCAGGAAGCAUGGGCAACGGUGAGGAAAACUCCAUCAUCUUUGACGGAGAAAACGGCACUAUGAAGAUCUCUGGCGGACCCAACAGUCUUUUCGCAAUGGAGAUUAAACAUUUAAUUAAGUUCUGGGUCGAGGAGAGGAAGGAUAUACCCUGUUUCCUCGCUGCGAUGACAUUGGAUUUCUACGAUAAGACGACGAGGGCUGCGAGGAUUUAAUCUCUUUUGUUCCCUCUCAAUUUAUAUA